GUUUGGUACUUGUUCUGUAGUAUUGCUUAAACUUUAGAUCCAAUAGCUAUUGGCCCAGAAACAACAGGUGCCAUUUUCCUACACUAGGAGCGCUAUUCAACCUAUGCUAUUUAUUACAGGCAUCAGCUGAUGAAACGGUAGGCGCCAGAUGGCCCGUUAAGUCACUGCUCAGGAAUCGGCACACGUGUUUAUUUUAGGCCAUGAAAAUAUAAGAGUUUAAGUAAGUGGUCAAGAGUAACUAUAGUAGAUAAUGGAAUUACCCGGCGCCCAGAAGGAGUUCGUGGAAAUCCUGCAUCAAAUCAAGGAUCCAGCCACACUUCAUGGAUUUUUAAGCUGGAUUAAGGAAAACUGGUUCUCCGGCGACAAUAACUUGAAUAUCGGUAGUCAUGAGACUGCUGUUGUUGUUAAUGGAGUAGAAGCUGAGGAGCUUCUUGAAAACAUUGCUAUAGACCUGAGACAGCUUCUUCCGAUGGAAGCUCAACUACCUUCAGAGACUAUAGUUUUCCCAAAAAUAGGCAAAAAUGCCGACUGUCACCCUGCUACAACUGUAAAUGUUGAUGGCUUCCUUUAUGACGACAGGCUAGUGGAUGCCUUAUGUGACGAAGGAAAAUUACCCAAAAGUUAUUGCACCUCAUGUGGUUCCAGAGACACAAAACCAUUAACUUUCAUUUCACACUCUGCAUCUCGGGAAAACUUGGCUCAUGCCUUCAGGAAUCUCCUUCCUGACUUAACAGGGAAACAUCUACUGGACAUUGGUUCUCGUUUUGGGGCUGUUUUGUUUGGUGCAUUUGCUUACUCACAAGCCAGCAGGAUCACUGGAGUGGAAAUUAAUGCAGAACUUGCAGCACUAUCACUUUCUAUGGUUCACAAAUAUAACAUGCAGUCUAGAGUUGAAGUCUACACGGGCGAUAUUCGACAAUUCGCUCAUUUAGUCUCCUCGGCGGACGUGUUGGUGAUGCACAACGUUUUUGAAUUUUUUGCUCCGUUGGAUGUACAACGGGACUUGUGGCAAGCUCUUAGACAGCUCAUUAAACGUGGCGCGCUUAUCCUGACAUCACCCUCGCUCGAACAAGCUCUUUCUCCCUUAAACACGAACAUUCAGCUGGACCAGUGGGUGGAACAACUGAGUCAUCCGUCCAACAAUUCAUCCAUGGAUGACGACGACGAUGAAGAAUCUGUUGCGGAGAUGGAUCUAGUACAUUUGUACCGCGUGCUGUAAUAAACCGGCAGACCGACAGA